CCCGCCCGCCUGCCGGUUUUAAACCGAGGCGGGACACCGCGCUGCUCACUGGCUCUGAGGGUCUGAGGCAGAAACUGCAGCUCACCGCGAAGCUUGCUGCCAACAUGGUGAGGACAAAAGCCGAUAGUGUGCCUGCAUCGUACAGAAAAGCUGUUGCAGCUUCUGCACCCCGGAAGUCUCUGGGCGCCAGUUCAGCCAACACCUCCUCCAGCAGCCAGUCCUCCACACCUGCAAAGAGCAAGUACGCCGGUGGGAACCCCGUGUGUCCUCGUCCCACCCCGACCUGGCAGAAGGGCAUAGGGGACUUCUUCGGGGGGCCCCCCAGGAAGAUGGAGAAAGAGAAGGAGAACCAGCGACCGCAGGAGGUGGAGGACGAUGAAGAGGCCGGUGGCAGCGGGAUGUCAAAGGCCAGCAGGAAAGCCCGACCGCUGCCUGCUGAAGAUGAGGAGGACGACUGAACACCAGAUCAGUUCAACUUGCGAUGUACAUCUGUAUAUAAAUUCUGCUCAAUUCACUGUAUAGUUUUUUUUUUUGUUUGUUUUUUUAAUCAAAUGUGAAUUUCAUUGUUUUUACUAAUAAAACUGGGCUGAAACAAA